AUGGAGUACUGGAUCGCGAGCCCGAGCCCGACGCUGGUCGUGUCGAUCGAGUCCGUCCGGCGCUCGAUCGAGGUUCGCCGAUCGAGUUCGCCGAAUCGCGCGUCGAGAUGGCUCAGUGUCAGCAACACUGCCAACCUGGCAGGAGCUCACCCGAGCACGUCCAACACCCCGCCCGGGCUUUCACCGGGCGAAGUCCUCAUCACUCCGACGUCACCGAUUGGAACCCAACCUCAAUCCGGAGGUGCAGCGACGCCGGCAACUUCACAAGCUUGCAACUCCCCAGCCGCUACCACCGCACCAAAGCCUAGCAAUGUGCGGUCAAUGUCGACCCAUGCGGCACCCAUGACCACGGUCGGCUACGAAAGGGACGCCGGAGCAGAGUCUUCAGCGCACUUGACUCAAGCGUUGGACUCAAGCCAUAUUCCACAGGACGGGCCGGUACAUCCUCUUCCGACGCCGUCCACGGAACUGACAGGCUCGCUGGAGAAGCUUGUCGUGACUCCAUCAAUAAUCGAGCCUUCAUCGCAAACCGCCCCUGGCGGAGCAUCGGGAGACUACUUCACCCUCAUCGGCCCGAAUCGUGGAGCGCUCGUCUCGGUUGGAGCUCGCCAGAGCGACGCAAGCUCACCCGGCGGCUCGACACUUCCCACAGCCUCCUCGUCAUCGGAACUCUCACCCACGUCUCCCGUAUACGAUGUCGAUGUCGACUGGUUCAACGACUCGUUUGCAAAGUGGAUCGAGGUCCCGUCAUCGAAUGCAGCACCGAUCAGAUUGCGACAGAACUCGCGCAUGAGUAAAGCCUCGAGGAAGAUGAGUAGCGGUCGACUGCAGGCUGAGUUUGCCGAGUCGAUUGGUGACUACGGAAUGGGUCCAAGCGAUGCGGAUGCCAAAGCGCGAACAUCGGCAUCCCGCGCUUUGGGAUCAUCCGGGAGCGCGCUGCGCAAGGUAACAACAUUGCGCGAACUGCUGGGGCCCCUGGUGUCGGCGGACGAUCGAGAGCACGUUCUCCAUCUCAUACUUGACCUCGUCGAGGAUGCCGAUCUGGCUGAAGCAUCGGGAACACAAGGGAUCCCCUCGACAUCGGCCUAUCUAGCAAGCGGGCCCUUCACGGCGACGAUUGUCGGUGAGUAUGUCGUGCUCGUCGCACCACCGCAAAGUUUCCACGUGCCGAAGAACAAACGACUCGCGACGCCCCAUUUCAACUCGUACCAGACAGUGACGGCACAUACCAGAUUGGAUCCUGUCGCCUCCCCUUUCGCAAACACGGCCGGGAAUCAGUACCUGCGUUUGCUCGGACAGACCAGCAUGGGCCGCAUGAUCAGAGAUUUUGACUGGUCGUCGACGUCCAUCGGACCGAUAUCCUCGUGGCCGCCAGAGCUGAAGACGACGCUUUCUAACGUGCUGGCCUCGCCUUUCCGCGAAUGUAUACUCUACGGCCCCGAAUUCAUCAUGCUCUAUAACGAUGAAUACGUCACGACUGCGCAAAACAAGCACCCGGCACUGCUGGGUCAGCCAGCCGCGAUCGGAUGGGCCGAAUUGUGGGAGGGACUGGACAAGGUCGCAGAACGGGUCAGGGAAGGGGAAACGGUUUUUGUAACAGAUCAUUUUUUCGGAAUGUUCCGAAAUGGAGUGAUGGAGGAGACAUGUGAGUUGCCUGGCCCAGAGCCGAGAGUAACGCACAUAAGAGGGAGGACUAACACAAACAUGAUGCACCUGUCCAGAUCACACGUUCAGUUAUAGCCCCUUCUAUGACACCGAUGGCAAUGUGCUGGGUAUUCGUAACUUCUCUGUCGAGUGCGUGUAUGCAAGCCCAAUGUGCGGCAGAGUUUCUGAUGAGCGCUAACAUCUGGUCUGGUCUGUUCUUUCCGCCUCGAACAGAACGACAGCAACCGUCAUCGCUGCCCGACGACUCAGCACUGUGCGCGAUCUCAUCCAAAUGAGCAGCUUGGCAAGAACAGUCAACGAUUUUACCGACUCGGCGCUCGCUAGCCUGGCCCUCAAUCCCUACGACUUGCCCUUCGUGCUGCUAUAUACCGUCACUCCUGAAGUUGCGGGUGUCUCGGCAAAGGAGUUGGUCCGAGCUGGCGCCGAGGACAAGAAAUUUCACAAUCGGCACCGAAUCAAGUUGACGGGCAGCUUGGGCGUCCCAGAGGACCACGUGUUCCGAGUAGACGAGAUCGUAGUCGAUCUCACUCCACCCACGUCUCGCCUUUCGUCUGCAUCGGGAUCCCAUUCGAAUACGGGCUCGGGGUCGGGAUCAGGCUCAAGCAAUUUGACGACCAUGGAUACGGAUGGGCCGCGGUCGCGAUGGAGCUGGCCUUUCGAAGACGCUUGCUUGCGACGCGAGCCCGUCUUCGUCGAGCGGUUGGGUGAGCUGGCGAACCAUCUUGAAAAACGAGGCUGGGAUGAUUCGCCUCGCCACGCGGUGGUUAUUCCCAUUACCGUCGAAUCGACCUCGAACGCUCCGCAAGCCGUGCUCGUCCUUGGGGUAAGCUCAAGAUCAGUAUACGACGAUUUGUAUUCCACAUUCUUCAGCUUGGUCGCUCGACACAUUGCCAUUGGCCUGUACGCUGUGCUGACAGCGGAGAUCGAUGCGAAACGCUCCGAGGAUCUCGUCAAACUCGAUCGCGCCAAGACAAACUUUUUUUCGAGCGUCAGUCACGAGCUGAGGACGCCCCUGACUUUAAUCUUGGGGCCACUGGAUGACUUGCUGGCCAGCAAGAAGGAGAUCCCGGCAGCUACCACGGAGAAACUGCAAAUGAUGUCUCGCCAUGCGAACCGUCUGCUGACGAUGGUCAACAAGCUGCUCGACUUUUCCUCACUCGAAGGAGGGCGCACACAAGCCAAAUUCCGUCCGGUCAAAAUCGGAGUGCUGACGCAGGAUCUUGCCACGCUCUUCCGUGACGCUAUCGAGCGGGCCGGGCUCCGCUACGUGAUCGAAUGUGACGACGAUCGACAGGAGCUCGUGCCCAUCUAUCUCGCCUCGGAUCUGUGGGAGAAGGUGUGCUACAACUUAAUCGGAAACGCACUCAAGUACUGUCGCAGCGGUUCGAUCGAAGUGCGGUUGAAGACAACAGUCGCGGAAGCGGUGCUCUCGGUCAAGGAUACAGGUGUCGGAAUCCCCUCUGAAGAGCUGUCGAGCAUUUUCGAGCGAUUCCACAGAGUCGAAGGGACCGCUCGAACGAGCAGCGGGACCGGUAUCGGACUCGCUCUGACGCUCGAGAUCGUGAAGCUGCUGGGUGGGCUCGUCGAAGUAGAAAGUGAGCUGGGUGUGGGCUCUACGUUCUAGUAAGUUGCGCAGGUCAAGCGCAUUCCACAAGGAGGAGUAUGCUGACAAAACUAUUUCCACAGCGUGCGCAUCCCGAGGGGAUUUACUCAUCUUGCACGGGAACAGGUCAUUCACGAGCCGGAGGAGAUCUCGACGGUUCCGAUCCCGCAAGGUCGCAGUCUCGGCGCGAUCGACGAUGCUGCAUCUUGGCAUACUCAAGAGGAAUCAUGCGGCAACUCGAGUUCUGGUGGCUCAGCCUCGGGAAGCUUUACCGGAAGCAAGGAGAUGUCUCUGGACAACGAAUUCGCCGACACCGCAAGGCUGCUCAACCUCGCGAACAAGACCGUCUUACUAGCGGAUGAUUCCGUGGAUCUGCGCAUUUAUAUCAGCUCUAUUCUUUCCAAGACGUUCAAUGUCGUCCAGGUCGCGGAUGGUCAGGCUGCAUUGGACCAUGUACUGAAGCACCCGCCAUCUUUAAUCAUUGUAGGUUUCGCGAGCGGCGUCGUCUUUGGUGGUGUCAGCUCGCUGAAGCCUUCUCGAUGCAGACGGACCAAAUGAUGCCUCGUCUGACUGGAAAUGAGCUCGUGGCCGCCGUCCGGGCCAACCCGGCUACCAGUCUCAUUCCGAUCAUCAUGCUCAGUGCGCAGGCCGGCACUGAAGCGCGAGCUGAAGCACUCGAGCGCGGGUGCGACGAUUAUCUUGUCAAACCUUUUCAAGCCCGCGAACUGCUCGCUCGUGUCAACGUGCACAUGCAACUCGGUUUAUUGCGCGUGGAACUGGAGAAACGAGGUUUGUUUGAUCAAUUUUUCGCCCAUCCUACUCUUACUGACUUUAUCUUACUGUCUUAUUUCUUCAGUCCAAGAGCGCACACGAGCGUUGAUAGAUUCCGAAACGCGGAACCGGGCUCUGGCCGAGAAGUUCCUAACCUUGUCUACCGUCUCGCCUGUUGGCAUCAUGCAAGCCGAUGCCGAGGGUCACAUUGUCUACGCGAACCCGCGCUGGUUCGAAAUGACGGGCUAUCCUGUCGACCGCCUAGUCACGAACGCAUGGACGGAGUGCCUAGAAGACUCACGUGAGCUAAACGAAGCGUGGCAGGCCGCUGUUAUGGCUGGACACUCGAGCGAGAUCAUUGACUUCAAGGCGAUCGAGAUUGGCACCAAGACGGGUCAAACAAUGCUCUUUGAGGUAGGCCACAGAAGCCAGUAUCUCGACUCGGGUUUCGUCGGCACUGACAUGUUUAUCGGUUAUGCUGUCACAGAUUCGAGCAUUCUCUGGCGCCAAGGACGGCUUCGUGGCUGUCUUGACAGACAUCACACGGCAAAAGAUGAUCGAGCGCGAGCACUUGCAGAUCGUUGAGCAACGCGCCGCCGACGCUGAAGAGAACAGGCGCAACACCGAGAUGUUCCUGGACUUGAGCUCGCACGAGAUGAGGAACCCUUUGUCCGGCGUGUGGCAAAACGCCCAAGUGCUCAGCGGAUCGCUGGAACAAAUUUCGGGCGUCAUCGACGAUCUGUGUGCCGGUCGGACCCCUCCUCAGGCCAUCCUCGAGAAUGUGCGACGGGAGAUGCAAGAGAAUGCCGACGCGGUAGAUUCGAUUAUCCUCUGCGCGAGUCAUCAGGGCCGCAUCGCCGACGACAUUCUCAAUGUUUCCAAGCUCAACAUGGGCCUCCUGUCGAUCAACCCGGUGCCCUUUGAUUUGACGCUUCGUAUGGGCGAGGUUUUGCGCAUGUUCGAGAUGGAAUGCUCCCAAAAGGGAAUUUCCUUGCGUAUGGACGUGGACGAGUCGAUUGCGAAGCUGCGCGCAUCAUGGAUCGAAGCCGACCCGUCGCGACUGUCGCAGAUUCUCCUCAACUUCGUUUCCAACUCGGUCAAGUACACCUCCGACACUCCGGAACGUCGGAUCGUGGUUCACCUCAACGCAUACGACACCCGGCCCCCUACCCGGCGCAAUGCCCUGCGCGUGUCCGAGCCCUCCCUGGACCUCGUUCCCCCCCACAACGUAUGGAUUGUGGUCGGUGUCGAGGACACAGGCAAGGGUCUCUCGCAAGAGGAAAUGAAGCGGCUCUUUGCUAGAUUCCAGCAGGUUAACCCUCGUAGUGAUCAGUACGGUGGUUCGGGCCUGGGGUUGUUCAUUUCGAGCGAACUUGUGGCUCUGCACUCGGGCUACAUCGAAGUGGAAUCUGUUCCAGGUCAGGUAAGUCUCUUCUUCUCAAGGUCUUGCUUACCCCGGCCCUCUCGUCGCGUCGUGUGCUGACCCCGUCGUGUCUGUCUUGCACAUUUUAGGGAUCUAUGUUCCGAUUCGCGAUUCCAGCAGGUACUUCACAGCCACCCGUGACCGUCGACGCGCUCCUGCCGCCUGUGCCUCUGACCACCGUUGCCAUGAUGGCGCCGCCUCAACGGACGAAACGGGCAGCACCGCCCCGAUCAUCUCUCAAUGGCGACCAAAACAGCUCUCACAAAGUGGCCAGGCUAGGGGAAUCGGCGGAAGAGGGAGAGCUUCCCAAACGAAUCCUUGUUGUGGAAGACAAUCUCAUCAACCAGAAAGUCAUGACACGGCAGCUCAAACUCGCUGGCUACGGGGUCACGGUUGCCAACCACGGACGUGAGGCUCUCGACAUCUUACUUGCGGAAAGUACUCGCACGAACCACCACGAACAAGGGCCGAUAGUGAUGGUUCUGAUGGACAUUGGUCAGUUCCUCCAUGCCCCUCCCUUCGUCCGGUUGCUUGGCGCUGUACUUACUGGCUACCUUGAUCAUUGUUCGUCUCUGUUCAGAAAUGCCUGUGAUGGGAGGACUGGAGGCCAUCCGGCUUUUGCGUGAAAUGGAGAAAAGUGGUCAAAUCGCAAACCGUUAUGUGAGUUCCAGAAUCGUGAACUUCACAAAAGUGGUACUCAAGAGGGAUAGAGCUGAAUUCGUAGCUGAUACUCUGCUGCUCCGACAGAAUGUCGUGGCUGUGACCGGGAAUGGUCGGCCGAGUCAGACGGACGAGUACAGCAGAGUCGGAUUCGACUCAUGGGCUGUCAAGCCUUACAUCUUUGCCGACUUGUUGGUUCAGAUCAAGAGCUAUGUGGGAGCCUGAUAUGCUGGUGCGCGACGCACGCCAAUGUCAAAAAUUCCUAUCUACUCCAUUUGGUGUGUGAUCUGUCUUGUAUCGCAUAGUAUUCCUUUUCAUGUUAUAGUAGUCGCUCUCAUGUAGAAUGUCGUAUGAUCUCGCUGAUAUGAAGCGCAUGGCCCGACUUAGGCAUCCGUCUUGGCCCAAAUUCAAGUUCUAACUCAUAGGGAGUAG